UUGUUAUACUUGUAAUACGAUUAAAUUGGUCAAGAAUAUUUUUCGUCUUGUUAUCAGAAAUCCUUUCUGAGGGUGUAAUCAUGAAUCUAUAAUACUCAUAAAUUCUACGUUUAUAUAAUCUUUUAUCAUUCUUGGGAAUACAGUACCAACGUUCCACCUAUUUCAGACCCACCUUAUAUAGUUAUAAUAAAUACGAUAUACCGAAUCAUGUUACAACCUAUAUAAUUAAAUAUUAACAACAUUAAACGUUAAGAAACCGGGACGACUAUAUGUUGCAAUUCAAUAAAUACGGGUUUUCCAAAAAUUUUGAGGAUGCAAUUCAACAUUCGUUUCAAACGUAAUAAGUUGCAGAUUUAAUAAUAUAUGAUAUGUUAUAUAAUUACCAUCAUAUCAAAACUGCCGUGUACGUACAAUCACCCAGGUAACGCUCCUUUUAAGAAACAUACACACGUUACAAAUGCGCGGACUAUACUGAAGAACGCGAAGACGUACUGCUUGGAAAAAUCAAUUGCGCUUGCGCCAACGUCGGUCAAGAUAUCAUGCAAUGACUAUUUUUCUGUGAGAAAUAAAUAUUCGUUCUACUGUCGGUACGGCGUCGAAUCGAUCGGUUAAUCGCCCACUUUUCUCUCCCUCUCGCAAGUUGUGCGAAAAUUAUUUCUAUAGCAUUUUUAUUUCUGCAUCAUUUAGGUAAUAUUACAUGGCAUGUUCUAUAGCCCUUCUAUACUAUUGUAGCAUUUUUUCACUACGUCGUAGUUAAUAUUUCAUGUUACCAUAGGUCAGUACGUUUAUGACAAAUUUUAAAAAUUGUAUAAUUUUAUAAACUAAGAUACAUUGUUUGAAUUAGAUAAUUCGCUCCGUAUAUAAUUUAGCUCAUGCUAAAAGAGAAAUAUUCUAAACUAUUCGAGGUAUAUUUCAGAAGGUGGAACAUAUGAACUCCGAUCGACAUAUCAACUGCAGCCGAAUGCUCGAAGAAGAAUGAUACGUAUAGUUGAACAUCUUAGAAUCCAACGAAUUUUACUACUUGCUAUUGGGUUAUGGCCUUACAACCAAUCAAAAUUGGUUAAAUUUCAGUUUUUAUUAUUUGCUAUUGUGUCAAAUACCUUUAUUAUAUUUCAGCUGACAUCGUUUAUUACUUCCGAAUGUACUGUUGCUUUUAUUGUAAAACAUCUGUCUAUAGUUUUCUUUUGUCUCUCAUGCAUAACUUACCACAUUGUUUUUUGGAUUAACAUGUACAAUGUGGAGUAUUUAGUGGAACGUCUCCAGUAUGUCUGUAACGAAUUAAAAGACGAAAACGAAAUCGCUAUAAUAAAGAAAUAUGCAAAUAGUGCGGAACACAUCGCGAUUUACGUUACAUCGUGUAUGGUGUUCUGCUUAUUGACUAUUACUCUUAUGCCACUUUUCCCGCGGAUUCUUAGCACCUUUCUACUCGUAAAUAUAUCGCGACCACUUUACAAUAUGCAAUUCAUAACUGAAUAUUUUGUUGAUAAAGAAAAGAAUUUUUAUUUAAUUUUGCUACACACGCGUACAUCCUUUUACAUAGGAGUGAUUGCACUCGUGGGAGGAGGUUUGCUAGGAUGUGCAUUUCUUAAACACAUUUGCGGACUAUUUAGCAUUGCUAGUUAUCGUAUACAACAAUCAAUGAGAGUAAAACUUCAUGAAAAAACUGAUCUGAGGAACGAGAUGGAAAUUCAGAAGAAAAUAAUUUAUGCAGUGGAUAUUCAUCGCACAGCAAUUGAGUUGUCUGAAUUCUUCAUAUCUAGUUUCGAGGGAUCAUACUUUUGUGAAUUGGUAUUACUCGUAACAACUGUAUGCUUUAAUUUUUACGAAAUAUUUCAAACUGCACUGAUUCGAGAUAAAGUAGAAGAAUUUUUAUUACACUCUGGGUUUGCAUUUGGUUUGCUUCUAUAUUCGUUCCUCGCCAACUCUUGCGGUGAAGAAAUUACAGAGCAUUAUAACGACAUGUUUUCUUGCGCAUAUAAUGUUCGGUGGUAUACAGCUCCCAUACACAUACAGAAAUUGAUAUUGUUUCUGUUGCAAAGAAGUUGUAAGCCUUACGGGCUCAAACUAGGUGGAAUUUUUAUAGCAUCUCUAAAAGGCUUUGCUUCGUUAUUAACUGCAUCGGUAUCUUAUUUUACUGUUAUAUAUUCUACACAGAAGUGAUACCACUAUCAAUCACAUAAUACUAAAUAGAAUGGAAAAUAAGAAGGUCAUCAUGCUAAAUAUGUCAGUUAAAUAUAAGUGACAGCAACUGCCCCGUUUCCAAAUAACUUAAAAUAAUCGAAAUAAUAUUUGGGGAAACAAAAUGUUAUGCAACUGGGUUAUUGAAGUCACAGUGUGUGCGGUAUCAUAAAAUGAUCUCAUAGUAUACAAAUAAAUACAUAUGUUUAAAUAUAUGGAGGCAUUAUAAAAAAAACUUCAAAACAUUUCUGACUGCAGUUAUAUAUAAUAUAACAAAACUAAAUAUUGCAGAAGGAGUACAAUUGUACAAGAUCAACAAUGCAACAACCGUUUUAGAAAACAAUUAUAUGCUAAGAAUGCAUGGAAUAAAAUGAAAAAACAUGAAGAUGUACUGGUUGGAAAUGUCAAUUGCGCUUGCACGAAUUUCUAUCAAGUUAUCACGAUUAUUAUAAUUAUUUUUUCUGUGAGAAAUAAAUAUUCGUUGUACUAUUAUUACGGCA